AUCCUUUCGGAACUCUCCACUUAUUGACUUCCGAAGGGAAAAUGGCAAGACACAUGUUGAGAAAACUGUCUACCGAUCUACUCUACACCCAGUGUAGUCGGCUGUCAGUAUGCCAGGCAUUACCAGGAAUCACAACCAACAAUACCUUAUGUCGCCAUUCCAGCUCAGCACAAAAGCCAAAGACAGGAAUACUUAUGCUAAAUAUGGGUGGACCAGAAAAGCUGGCUGAUGUUGAGGGCUUCCUAACCAAUCUCUUCCUUGACCGUGACCUGAUGACACUACCAGCACAAAGUGCAUUGGCCCCCCGCAUCGCCAAACGACGAACACCGAAGAUCCAGGAGCAAUACAAAGAGAUAGGAGGGGGUUCCCCUAUCAAACGCUGGACAGAGGUUCAAGGCAAGGGUAUGGUGGACAUUUUGGACCGCAUCUGUCCUGAAUCUGCUCCACACAAAUUUUAUGUUGGAUUCCGUUAUGUGAACCCUCUAACAGAGGACGCCAUAGAUCAGAUGGAGAGCGAUGGUAUACAGCGAGGAAUAGCUUUUACACAGUACCCACAAUACAGCUGUUCUACAACAGGAAGUAGUAUCAACGCUUUCUACCGACACUACGCCUCCAGAGGGGUUCCAAGUAACAUCACCUGGAGUACCAUAGACAGAUGGCCAACACAUCCAGGAUUAGUACAGGCCUUUGCAGAGAAUAUACAAAAACAGUUGGACAGGUUUCCUAAGGAAGAUAAAGACAAGGUUGUCAUCCUCUUCUCUGCCCACUCUCUACCACUCAUGGUGGUAAACCGAGGAGAUCCGUACCCAGCUGAGGUAGCAGCCACUGUGAAUCGUGUGAUGGAGGCCCUCGGAUAUUGUAAUCCCUACAGACUUGUCUGGCAAUCAAAGGUGGGCCCGUUGCCAUGGUUGAGCCCCCAGACAGAUAAGGCGAUAGAAGGCUUGGCCACUCGUGGUCAGAAAAACAUACUGCUGGUCCCCAUAGCAUUCACUAGUGACCACAUAGAGACACUGUACGAACUUGAUCUGGAGUACGGCACAGAGCUCAGUGCUAAGCAUGGUAUCACCAUCAAGAGAGCCGACGCCAUGAAUGACAGCCCUACCUUUAUUCAGGCACUCGCGGACGUGGUGAAGGGUCACCUUGCCUCUAACCAGGCGUGUAGUAGACAGCUGCCGCUGCGCUGUCCAAUGUGCACCAACGCUACCUGUGGGAAAGCUAAGGAAUACUUUCUCAAGCAGCAGGAACUCCUCGACAUGGGUUCCAGUAAAACAGGACCUGAACAUGUGACUGCCUAACUCCUUUGAUAAAGCUCUGUGAUGAUGAUGGCAUGUUGGAAGCUCUGCAGUUUUUUAAAUAGUUCCUUUCUGUAUUAAACCAUCAUGGUGAAAAUUGUGUCAGAUUUUGAGGAUGUUUAGUUUUAUGUUCAAAAUUGAAAUACUAUUUUUGCUUUCUUUAGCACAAAGGGCAUACACCUAUUAAAGCACUGCGUCUAUUGUCAUUCAUCAUCAAUUUGUUUUUAGAAGAAAAAAAGAAAAUAAAUCCUUCUCCAAAUUUGUCUGCAAUAUCUUUUGGAAGGGUGAGGGUUCUUAAUUGUUAACCAGAUUACUAACAGCAUUCACUCUAUGCUAAUUUUUUUCUAUUUUGUUAUAUAAUUAUGUUCCCUGUAGAUACCUUUUGAUGAGUUAAUUGUUCAAGAGAAGUAUCGGUCUUCCCAAUAGGGUGAGGAGCAGGGAUAAAAGGUGUCAUUUGGGCUAUUGUUUAAAGGACUCCUCCUCUGUGAUGGAUAUCAACCACAUUUAGAUGCAGGCAUCAACAGGUUGUAGGAAUUUCAAAUUGUACAAAUGUUGGGGCUGACCGACUGAGGAGUGGGCUAUAAAAGUAAAAUUUGGCCAUACGUCUCUGAAACUAUGGGAUGGAUAUCAACUGUAUUUAUUUGGAACUUAGUCCAUUGGUUACCGUAUGGAAACACUUAAGAUCCUCCUUCCCUAUAACCAUACAUAAAAGAGCUAGGUAUAUGUAGAGACUAAUGCUACAAGGAUUGGCCUGUGGAUCAAGCCCUGUCCCUGGGGACUUAGUCCUCGGUUCAUCACAUGGAAACAGUUAAGAUCCUUAUCCCAUAAUCAGACUUAACACAAUCAUACUAUCAGUAUUGUUGGCAGGGUCUUUCCCUGCCCCUUGGGGCUUAUUACUUGCAAUAUGACGUUAUUGUCAUGAUUGCUUCAAAAACAAGGUGAGCUAUACAGACCCUCAUGGCCAAUAGUUUUACUCAAUAUUAUUUAUUUACCUUUUGUUGUCAGAGGUAGGACUAUGAUCUCUUUUUAAUUACUGGUAACAUCAUUUAUAUUUAAAUAUUCAUAUUUACAUUUAGUUUGCAAAGUUUAUCGUUGUAAGAAUAAACGAUAAAAACUCGGUACGAUGUUCCCCAUUUUCUUCCUUAACAUUAAAAUAAAUAUGAUGUCCCUUAUUUAUACCACUAUACAGACACCUCAUAACUUGCCCCUUGUUUCAUGGUUAUGGCCAUCAUAUUUCCUUUUUGCAUAUUUAAAAAUUCCUCUAUAUGUCUCUCUUUAUACUAUUUAUUCACAUUUUUUUUGCCUCGGUUAAACGAGUUUAACUGUUCAUAAUUUCACCCUGGUAAUGUACAUGUAUAUUAUUAGUUAUACAGGUCUUUGGCAGGGUACAUGGUCUCAUGUUCCCUGUCAGGACCUUAUGUACCCUGAGCCGAAGGCUGUAAAGACUCCCAUCCUGUUUCCUUGCAUCGAGAUAAAAAUGGCCCAAUGCCUCGUCUAAUCUUGGCUUCGAGAAGUCCUCAAAAUCUGUGUCUUGCUCCUUUUCGCUUAAGUAUGCUCUGAAGGUUUUGCUUGCUGAAUUGUUACUUUUCUUUGUGUUUGUAGGUUUAAAUGACGCCCGUUUUGUCUCAAUUUCACUCUCCGUGUGGCUUGCAAACCGUUUCUCCAUUGUGUUCAUUGUUGACAUUAGCAGACGAACGUUCUCCGGUGUGUUUGAUUCGAAUCUGCGAGUUAUCUCCCUUACAACAGGCGCGCGUGCUCUUAUGUACCCCGGCAAGGAUACUAACAUAGCUUCAGGUACCUUGGCAAUUCGACCAAUCACCGUGCGACAUUUUUCUUUGCAGUAUGACAAAACUAGAUGAUUCCUGCUUACUCGGCUAAGGAGAAUUUCUCUUCAGCUCAUUUGGUAGAGUGUAAGACUAUUUAUUAAACCAGAGUUCUCUAUGGAAAGCAUUGAAAAAAAUAAUGACCUCGGUUGCAAUAAUAAUGCAAAUUUAUCAUAACACCAUAUAAUAAUUAAAUUUGAAGGCAUUUACAGAUGAAGGGCAAAAGUCUGUUGGACAAAACGUUCCUGGAAUAAUUACAUAGCCAAACCCCUUUAUUAAGCAUUUUACAAUAGGUGGAUUAGAACUAGUUUUAACUGCAUUGGAUCAGUUAAAUUUGUAAUAUAUAGUUGUUAUGUGGUGUGUAAAUUGACCUGUGCUAUGUUCACCUGAAUGGUGUGAUGUGAAGGCAUAAUUAACACUGGGUCAAUAUGGAUCUAUUGAGGGCAAAAGUUUGAUGGACAAAAAUUCGUCUAAAGUAUAAUGCCUUACCGGUUAACCCUUUCACCACUGUAGACCAUAAUGGACUCAUCCAGAUCAAUGCAUGGUUGAGUCUAUUAAAGUUACAUAGGUGUGAGAGGGUAAAAUGAGCCAACGAGGAUGCACGAAAGCAACCUGAAAUCAUUAUUCAGAUUUUCAGUUUGGGAAGUGAUGCAGUGUAAGACUUUCCGGCGAUAGUUUCACAUUUUAUGUAUGUACAUGUUUGAUUAGUUUGUGAUUGUGUUAGAUUUACAAAGUGGUGCUUGAGUAGAAAGGAAAUCAUCCAAAGCUAUUAAACAGAUUAUAUAAGUGCUAUGGUGUACCACUUUCAGGUGAGAUUGAAUAAAUAAUAUAUACUUAAAA